GUUUCUCGUGUGUUAGAUGGCAGAGGGCGACAAGAAGACGGCGCCGGCGAAGCCGGGGAAGGCGGCUGCGAAGGCGGCGGCGGCGGCGGCGGUGAAGGCUGCGAAGCCGGGGAAGGCGACCGCGAAGGCGCCUACGAAGGCUACAAAGCCAAAGGCUGCGAAGCCGGGGAAGGCGACCGCGAAGGCGGCGGUGAAGGCUGCGAAGCCGGGGAAGGCGCCGGCGGCGGCUGCGGCGGCGAAGCUGAAGAAGAAGGCGGUGAAGAGGAGGCACACGAGCCGCAACCCCAUGCUCGCCCGGGGGCUCGGGCGCUACUCCCGCUCCGCCAUGUACGCCCGCAAGGCCCUCUACAAGAGGAAGAGCAAGACCACGGUGACAAAGGUUGAAAAGAAGCUGAAAGAGAAAGUGCCGGCAACAGUUACAAAGACUGUUGGGGGAGACAAGAAUGGUGGCACUCGUGUGGUCAAACUCCGCAAGAUGCCCCGCUACUACCCCACAGAAGAUGUUCCUCGCAAGCUUCUGAGUCAUGGCAAGAAGCCCUUCAGUCAGCACAAGAGGAACCUUCGUGCCACCAUCACCCCAGGGACUGUCCUGAUCCUGCUUACAGGCAGGCACCGUGGCAAGCGUGUAGUGUUCCUGAAGCAGCUGUCCAGUGGUCUUCUGCUUGUUACUGGCCCUCUGUGUCUCAACCGUGUGCCUCUUCGUAGAGCACACCAGAAGUUUGUCAUUGCCACCAACACCAAGGUUGACAUCUCUGGUGUGAAAAUUCCCAAGAACCUGACGGAUGCCUACUUCAAGAAGAAAAGGCUGAGGAAACCUAGACAUCAGGAGGGAGAGAUCUUUGACGUAGAGAAAGAGAAAUACCAGUUGACUGAGCAGCGGAAAGCAGACCAGAAGGCAGUUGACUCUCAGCUAAUGCCUCUUAUCAAGAAGGUUCCACAGCUGAAGGGCUACCUGCAUGCCACUUUCAGCCUUUCCAAUGGCAUGUACCCACACAAGCUUGUCUUCUAAACAAAUUAUAAUAAAUUACCAUGAUUUGUCAA